CACAACCCAUAAAUCAGAAUGCUGUUCCUUUAUUAAUAGUUACCCACCAAAUUUCACCCUUGCCCUUUAAAAAAAUUCAUACGUAUAGUACUAAUAAACUGCAUAUUUUCCUCAACACUGAAACAAAAACAAACCCAUAUUCACAAAAUCCCUGUUUUUGAUUUGUUUUGAUUUGAUUUGAUUUUCCUUUUUAAAUCUUUAUUUAUUUUUGUAAUAUAGACGAAAGAAAAACACAAAAACAUGGGUUGCACUGUAAGGGAAAAGCAUAUGCAGUCGAUCCGAAGGGCCCGAUCGGCGAAACCCGAAUUCGAUCCAUGCUGUCUUCUUGAUAAAGCUUCAAUAUCUAAAUCCAUACUUGAAUCGGGUAUCAAACCCUUGAGUUGCCAUCUGGGUCUAAACGAUACAACCCAAAGCCCUAAUCCUAACCCUAACAACAAUACCAAUACUAAUUUUGAUGAUCACGGUUGGGGGUAUUGCACCGAGGAACAAUUAGAGGAAAUUUUAUUGAAAAACUUGGAAUUAUUAUAUAAUAAAGCUUUAUCUAAGCUUGUAGCUUUAGGUUACGAUGAGGAUGUUGCAUUAAAGGCGAUAUUGAGAAAUGGGCAUUGCUAUGGUGGAAUGGAUGUGUUGACUAAUAUUUUGCAUAAUUCAUUGGCUUAUUUGAAUAGCAGUUGCGGUAGUAGUAAUGGGAGUAAUUCAGAGGAAUCUGAGCCCAGUUUUCCAGAUUUAAGGCAAUUGGAGGAGUAUUCUCUUGCGGGUAUGGUUUGUUUGUUGCAAAAUGUUAGGCCACAUUUGAGUAAAGGUGAUGCUAUGUGGUGUUUGCUUAUGAGUGAUCUUCAUGUAGGUAGGGCUAGUUCUAUGGAGAUUCCAUCAAUUCCUUUGCCCACUAGCGUUUGUAGUCCAGUGUCAAACAACCUGGAGAGUGUUGGUAAUAAUGAGGUUGGUUUUGUGUCGCCGGCGCUGUGUAGGUUUCAUGGUGGUUGGGGGUUUGGUAAUGGAGGAGAAGAGUUUCCGGUGAAUGGGUUCUUUUCCUAUGGCACAGAAAUGACUUUGCAGAGGGAUAUUGAGUUUCCCAAGAGGUUUAAUCUUUCACCUUCAAUGAAGUCUUUGUUGAAAAAGAAUGUUGCAAUGUUUGCUGCUAGUUUUGGGGCUAACACAAAACAAAUGCAGAUGCAAAAUCAGGCAUCUGUGAGCACAUUGUCUAGUGGGGUUACCCCUCUGUCUGUUGCUGGGGGUGAGGUUCCAGCUGAGAAAUCUGAGGAGUCACAAAAUUUGAAGAGCCAGGAUGUGGUUAAUUCGGUAUUGAGUAAGUUUCGUGAUUUGAAUAUUGAUGAGAAUUUGGAGCAUGUUGGGGAAGAUCAGAAAGGUGAUAUGAUAAUAUCUCUGCUUCAUCAGAUUAAAGAUCUUGAGAAGCAAGUGAAAGAGAGGAAGGAGUGGGCUCAUCAGAAGGCAAUGCAAGCUGCAAGAAAGCUUAGUAGUGAUCUAACAGAGCUUAAAAUGCUGAGGAUGGAGAGAGAGGAGACACAGUGGAUAAAGAAGGGGAAACACACGAUAGACGACUCAACCAUGAAGAGGCUGUCAGAGAUGGAGAAUGCUCUGAGGAAGGCUAGUGGGCAGGUGGACCGGGCAAAUGCAGCUGUGAGACGGCUUGAGACUGAGAAUGCAGAAAUCAGAGCUGAGAUGGAGGCUUCUAAAUUAAGUGCAUCAGAAUCAGUCACAACCUGUCUAGAGGUUGCAAAAAGGGAGAAAAAGAGCCUGAAAAAGCUUUUGGCUUGGGAAAAACAGAAAACUAAGUUGAAGGAGGAGAUUGCUGAUGAAAAGGAGAAGAUUAAAGAGCUGCAAAGAUGUUUAGAUCGGGUAGAGAAGGAUCAGAAAGAAACAGAGUCAAAGCGGAAGGAGGAGUUAAAGGCUAAAGAGCUAGCCCUGGCUCAAGUGGAGGAGGAACGACGCUCCAAGGAAGCAGCUGAGGCAAGCAAUAAAAGAAAGCUUGAGGCUUUGCGCCUGAAGAUGGAGAUAGACUUUCAGCGUCAUAAGGAUGAUCAUCAACGACUUGAGCAGGAGCUUUCCCGUCUGAAACUAUCUGCAGAAUCUACUGAAUUGAAUCAUCAAUCAGAUAAUUUACUGAGGGGAAAGUCAGAAGGGGCAAAGCCACAGGGAGAAACAAUUGCUGGGUUGCUUCAUGAAUUAGAUAAAAUAGAGGAUUCUUCUGAGAAAGAAGUCAACUGUGAUAGAGAAUGCAUAAUCUGUUCAAAAGAUGAAGUCUCUAUUGUUUUUCUGCCUUGUGCACACCAGGUUAUAUGCGCCAACUGCAAUGACAGUUAUGGGAAGAAGGGUAAAGCUACUUGUCCAUGCUGCCGGCUGCCAAUUGAGCAGAGAAUUCGCGUUUUUGGUGCUACCUCAUAGCUGCAGUUUGAUUUAAGAAAACACAACGCAGCAAAGGUCUUUCUGCAUACUUAGUAUUAUGCAGUUUUCUUUUCCUAGCAGUCAGUGAGACUGCUGGCUUUCACAUAUACUUGCCUUAACCAAACAUGCCGCUGGUGCUUUAGCAUGAUGAGUUUGUAUGUAAAUAAAUACCAAUAUUCUCUCAUCUGGCUCAUGCUUUUAGCCUUAAAAUAAGUUGAACUCAUUUCUUUUGUUGCCAUCAGGUUGCAAACCUGAAUCGAGCAAGUGGUUUCUCAUAUGUUUUAUUCA